UCGGGCUCCUGGCCGGUGUGGGGGCCCCUGAGGGAGGAACUAGACGACCCUGAGGAGAAGGAGGCGGCUCCCCACAAGUUCUGCGGCUGGGCCAGGGCUUGGAUAAAGAGCGCGGCGGCCGCAGAAGGCCCCUGGGCCCGGCGGCGCGCGGCCGGAGGAACCCCGGCUUGGGCAGGAGUGGGGCCGGAGCGGGGCUUGUCAGCCCCCUGGCGUCCUGCAGGCGAAGCGGCCGCGGGUGGACGUGCUGAGGACCGCGACCUUGGGGGAUCACCGUUGCCGUACCCACCCUGAGCUGAGUUCUCUCAGCUGACUUUCAAGAUGGACUCAUUCCUAACCGCAAGUGAAAUCCGGCAGCGGUUUAUAGAUUUCUUCAAGAGAAAUGAGCACACGUAUGUUCAUUCGUCUGCCACCAUCCCGUUGGAUGAUCCUACUUUGCUCUUUGCCAAUGCAGGCAUGAACCAGUUCAAACCUAUCUUCCUGAACACCAUUGACCCAACUCACCCCAUGGCAAAGCUGAGCAGAGCUGCCAAUACCCAGAAGUGCAUCCGGGCUGGGGGCAAACACAACGACUUGGAUGACGUGGGCAAGGAUGUUUAUCAUCACACCUUCUUUGAGAUGUUGGGCUCUUGGUCUUUUGGAGAUUACUUCAAGGAAUUGGCGUGUAAAAUGGCCCUUGAGCUUCUCACCCAAGAGUUUGGCAUUCCCAUUGAAAGACUCUACGUUACUUAUUUUGGUGGGGAUGAAACAGCAGGUUUAGAACCGGAUUUGGAGUGCAAACAGAUCUGGCAGAAUUUGGGCCUGGAUGACACCAAAAUUCUCCCCGGCAACAUGAAGGAUAACUUCUGGGAGAUGGGUGAUACAGGCCCAUGUGGUCCCUGCAGUGAGAUCCACUACGACCGGAUUGGUGGUCGAGAUGCCGCACAUCUCGUCAACCAGGAUGACCCCAAUGUGCUGGAGAUCUGGAACCUUGUUUUCAUCCAGUAUAACAGGGAGACUGAUGGUGUUCUGAAACCUCUUCCCAAGAAAAGCAUUGACACGGGUAUGGGCCUGGAGCGACUGGUGUCCGUGCUGCAGAAUAAGAUGUCCAACUAUGACACUGACCUUUUUGUCCCUUACUUUGAAGCCAUUCAGAAGGGCACAGGUGCUCGACCAUACACUGGGAAAGUUGGUGCUGAGGAUGUCGAUGGCAUUGACAUGGCCUAUCGGGUGCUGGCUGACCAUGCUCGGACCAUCACGGUGGCUCUAGCUGAUGGUGGCCGGCCUGACAACACAGGGAGGGGGUAUGUGUUGAGACGAAUUCUCCGCCGGGCUGUUCGAUACUCCCAUGAGAAACUCAAUGCCAGCAGGGGUUUCUUUGCUACGUUGGUAGACGUUGUCGUCCAGUCCCUGGGGGACGCAUUUCCUGAGCUAAAGAAGGACCCAGACAUGGUGAAAGACAUCAUUAAUGAAGAGGAAGUGCAGUUCCUCAAGACUCUCAGCAGAGGGCGUCGCAUCCUGGACAGGAAAAUACAGAGCUUGGGUGACUGCAAGACCAUUCCCGGAGAUACUGCUUGGCUUCUCUACGACACCUAUGGGUUCCCAGUGGAUCUCACUGGACUGAUUGCCGAAGAGAAGGGCCUGGUGGUAGACAUGGAUGGCUUUGAAGAGGAGAGGAAACUAGCCCAGCUGAAAUCACAGGGCAAGGGAGCUGGUGGGGAAGACCUCAUCAUGCUGGACAUCUACGCUAUCGAAGAGCUCCGGGCCAAGGGCCUAGAGGCCACAGAUGACUCCCCAAAGUAUAAUUACCACGCGGACUCCAGUGGUAGCUAUGUGUUUGAGAGCACCGUGGCUACAGUGCUGGCUCUGCGCAGGGAGAAGAUGUUCGUGGAAGAGGUGUCCACAGGCCAGGAGUGCGGGGUGGUGCUGGACAAAACCUGUUUCUAUGCCGAACAAGGAGGGCAGAUCUACGACGAGGGCUACCUGGUGAAGGUUGAUGACAGCAGCGAGGACAAAACCGAGUUUACAGUGAAGAAUGCUCAGGUGCGUGGAGGGUACGUGCUGCACAUCGGAACCAUCUAUGGCAGCCUGAGGGUAGGGGACCAGGUCCGGCUGUUUAUCGAUGAGCCCCGACGGAGACCUGUCAUGAGCAACCACACAGCAACCCACAUUCUGAACUUCGCCCUGCGCUCAGUGCUCGGGGAAGCUGACCAGAAAGGCUCACUGGUGGCCCCUGACCGCCUUCGGUUUGACUUCACCGCCAAGGGGGCCAUGUCCACUCAGCAGAUCAAGAAGGCUGAAGAGAUUGCUAACGAGAUGAUUGCUGCAGCCAAGCCUGUCUACACCCUGGACUGUGCCCUGGCAGCAGCGAAAGCCAUCCAGGGCCUGCGGGCUGUGUUUGAUGAGACCUACCCCGACCCCGUGCGAGUUGUCUCCAUCGGAGUGCCAGUGUCCGAGCUCUUGGAGGAUCCUUCUGGGCCUGCCGGCUCCCUCACCUCUGUUGAGUUCUGUGGGGGAACGCACCUGCGGAACUCAAGUCACGCUGGAGAUUUUGUGAUUGUGACUGAAGAAGCGAUUGCCAAGGGUAUCCGGAGGAUCGUGGCUGUCACAGGUGCCGAAGCCCAGAAGGCCCUCAGGAAAGCGGAGAGCUUGAAGAAAUCGCUCUCAGUCAUGGAGGCCAAAGUGAAGGCCCAGACUGCGCCGAACAAGGAUGUUCAGAAGGAGAUCGCCGACCUCGGAGAGGCCCUGGCCUCAGCAGUCAUCCCCCAGUGGCAGAAGGAUGAACUGCGGGAGACUCUGAAAUCCCUGAAGAAGGUCAUGGAUGACCUAGACAGAGCCAGCAAAGCCGACGUGCAGAAGCGAGUGUUGGAGAAGACAAAGCAGCUUAUCGACAGCAACCCCAACCAACCCCUCGUCAUCCUGGAGAUGGAGAGCGGCGCCUCGGCCAAGGCCCUGAAUGAAGCCCUGAAGCUUUUCAAGACGCAUUCCCCUCAGACGUCUGCCAUGCUCUUCACGGUGGACAACGAGGCUGGCAAGAUCACGUGCUUGUGUCAGGUCCCCCAGAAUGCAGCCAACAGGGGCCUAAAGGCCAGUGAGUGGGUGCAGCAGGUGUCAGGCCUGAUGGAUGGCAAAGGUGGUGGCAAGGACGUGUCUGCCCAGGCCACGGGCAAGAAUGUGGGCUGCCUACAGGAGGCACUGCAGCUGGCCACUUCCUUUGCCCAGCUGCGCCUGGGAGAUGUGAAGAACUAGAGCAGGAGCAGCUUCCCUGGGAGCCAUCUCCCCGUCACCCGUGUGCAUCAGUCCAGCCCAGAGAUCUCCGUCUGCCACAAAGACUCCUGAAUGCUGGGAUCUGCAAACAGCCAUCCGUCCUCCUAACCCAGCAGUAACUGGACACCCCUGGGAGCUGUCCUGUGCCUCGGUCCCCCUUGACAUUUCUGCCCGGAGGCCUGCACGUCAGCACUGCCCGUCUAGAACCACUGGCCCAGGAUCGCUGUCUACCUGCGUCAAGUUCACAUCCAGAAAUGCAAUUCUUUGCUGACCCGAGGCUUCUGGGUCUGCAGGUGGGAACUUGUGCUGCAGAGAAUAAAGGACCAUGUGCAAUACUCA